CUUUUUGAGGGAAUCAAUUAUUUGUUACACAGGUGAACCGGAAGUGGAGGUUGUUUUGUUGACAUCGGACAGCCACCAAGAAAAAUACCAAAACGAUAGGUUAAUUGAGUCAACCGAAACAAUUGCCCGUGGCAUAGGAUAAGUUUCCGCCACAGGUGAUAAAGGUGAAGCCGUGAUGGCUGCCAAAGCAGGAGACGACCCAGACACCCUGAUGGCUCUGUCUACGGCCUACUGCCUCAGGAACCUGAAGAGGACCAUGUGUUACCAGGGAGACGGGGCCAAGCUCUGUCUGCGAUCAGACGUCUUUCUUCCCAGUGAAAUUUGUGACAAACUGGUCAACACGUACAUGGAGCUGAUACACACAGACAGUAACUUUGAGCCAGAGGAUGGCUUUUUCCAGCUGUUCUGGGAUCCCAGAAGCACCCGUCUGACCAGGGUGCAGCUGCGGGAGGACUUGGUACGUGACCGGGACCUGGAGGCUAUUGGCAAGCAGGACCUGAUAGAGCUUCAUCUUACCUACUGCAACAACUUAUCUGCACGCAGUCUGAAAACACUAAGCUGCUUCCGGCAGACCCUGAUCUCCCUCAGUCUCUUCGGAUGUAGCCACAUCUUCUACCGGAAGGGAGGCGCGCCCCUGGCAAACGAGGACGAUGAGGAGGAGAGCCCAGCGUCCAGGCAGGCGUUAGAAAAGGACUUCAGCUUCCAGGGCUUCAACCGCCUCCGUCUGCUGAACCUGGGCGGGCUGCCGGAGGAGGCUGAUGUGGAGGCUCUGCUCCGGCCCCUAAAGGCCCUCACCGCCCUGGACCUGUCAGGGGUGCAGCUGGCUCGGACAGCCUUCCUGACCCAGUGGAAAGACAGACUGGCCUCGCUGGUUCUGUACAACAUGGACUUGUCAGAGGAGCUAGUCACCACUGUGGUCAGACUGGCCCAACUCAGGCACCUGGACAUCUCUAGGGAGAGUCGGAGAUCUUCUAAAUUCAAGAUGACUCGAAAGAUCCUAACAGCCAUUGUUCAAGGCCUGGUGAAUAUGGUCUCCCUGGACAUCUCAGGACACAUCAUGCAGGACAACUGCACCGUGCCUCACUUUGAGGAGGCCGUGGGACGGCCAAGCACUGAGCCCUGUAAGAGCAGCAUCUACCCUCUUCAGGAGCUGAAGAGGCCUCUGCAGUUUCUGGGGCUUUAUGACACCACGCUGUGUAACGUAACUCACAUCCCUGCAUAUAAGGUGACAGGUUCCAAGAAUGAGGAGCAGGUUUUGAAUGCCAUUGAAGCCUACACAGAGUUCCGCCCUGAGCUGGCCCACAGAGCUAUCAACCAGCUGUUCGACAUUGCUAGGAUACAGCACUGCAGCCAGCUGCUCAGAGCCCUGCAGCUUGUGAUUGCAGCUCUGAAGUGCCACAAGUACGACAAGAGUAUCCAGGUGACGGGCAGCGCAGCGCUGUUCUACCUGACCAACACUGAGUACCGCAGCGACCAGAGCGUGAGGCUGCGGCGGCAGGUCAUCCACGUGGUGCUCAACGGCAUGGAGCAGUACCAGGAGGUCACGGUCCAGAGGAAUUGCUGUCUGACGCUGUGCAACUUCAGCAUCCCAGAAGAGCUGGAGUUCCAGUACGGCCGGGUCAACCUGCUCUUGCUGAAGAUCCUGGAACCAGCCAGGCAAGACGAGUCCAUCCAGCGCAUCGCCGUGCACCUCUGCAAUGCUCUGGUCUGCCAGGUUGACAACCAGCACAAGGAGGCUGUCGGCAAGAUGGGCUUUGUCAAGACAAUGCUAAAUCUGAUCCAGAAAAAGCUACAAGACAGAAUGUGUGACCAGGUGAUGGAGUUCUCCUGGAGCGCCCUGUGGAACAUCACUGAUGAGACUCCAGACAACUGUCAGAUGUUCCUCAGCUGUCGAGGCAUGAGUCUGUUCCUGGACUGCCUGAAGGAGUUCCCAGAAAAGCAGGAGCUUCACCGCAACAUGCUGGGUCUGCUGGGGAACGUGGCAGAGGUCCGGGCCCUGAGACCACAACUCCUCACCCCAGAGUUCAUCUCGGUCUUCAGUAAUCUGUUGGACAGUAAGGCAGACGGUAUCGAGGUGUCCUACAACGCGUGUGGCGUUCUCUCCCACAUCAUGUUUGACGGCCCUGAGGCGUGGGCCAUGCUGGAGCCACAGAGGGACUCUGUCAUGAAGAAGAUGUGGGACGCAAUCAAGAGCUGGGACAUCAGCUCCCGGAGGAACAUCAACUACAGGUCAUUUGAGCCGAUUCUACGCCUGCUGCCUCAGGGCAUCUCUCCUGUCAGCCAGCACUGGGCCACCUGGGCUCUGUACAACCUGGUGUCCGUCUACCCAAGUAAGUACUGCCCCCUGCUGAUCAAGGAGGGCGGCAUCGCUCUUCUGGAGAAACUGAUGGAGCUGGAAACUUCACAAGAAGAGACCAAGAAAAUGGCGAGGAAAGUGAUGGAGCAGUGUGAGAACUUCAAAGAAGACCCCAUGGAGACCGGGCAGGAGGUCAACAAUGGACAAAGAGGUUGACGUCACAAUGACCGCACUGCCCCAAUGAACUAAGGGAAAGCUGUAGGAGUCACUAUCCACUCUCCACCAGGCUCUGUGUGCAUCAGGACUAUCCACUCUCCACCAGGCUCUGUGUGCAUCAGGACUAUCCACUCUCCACCAGGCUCUGUGUGCAUCAGGUUGCUGUAGAGCACAACAGCUGAGUUUGUACUCUGGAAUGCAACACUACAGGAAGUUCAGAUGGGAUUAAGGGUUGGUGUGUGAGUGUUGCUGUUGCAUCAUGGAUUUGUUUUCUCCUAUUUGAUUGUUUUGUUUGUUAUGUGUUUGUCCUUAUGUGUGUCAGUUUUUAAGAAAGAACUGUAACAAUAGAGGCGUGCGUGUGUAAUGAGGAGUAAGACGCCAUGGAGAUGCUUGCUACUUAUGAAAAGGAAACAGAAACAUAAAGCUUUUUCCCCUCUCUCA